CGUGACGGUACGGUGUUAGUUGGUACGUCGUUCCUCUCCGGCUGGUCGUGCGCCUCGCACGAAGGGACGGACGCGUCGCGCGUUGUUUCCUCAAUGGGGACCUCGUGGGGACCUGGUGUGAAAAGAUACGCGGGCCACCGAUAGCCGGUGAUACACGUCGCCGCAAUCGAGACGCGCCGCCGGUCGUUUUGCAUUUUUCUAAAUGGAUACUUUCGUGUCAUCGCCCUCUAAUACGUAAUAGAUUUGGUGUAAUCUUAGAGGCUUGUAAAUAUAUAGCGCCCCGUCAAAGUGAACGAGUGAAAUUUUUCUAUAAAUUUAUAUCAAGUGGAGGAACAUACGAAGAGAAGGAGAGAGAGAGAGGAUCUAUCAGAGACUAAUUGUGAUCGAUGAUUUCUUUGGUGCUCCUUGGUGUGUGCGCGUAUCGUCGCUAAGAACAUCCGAGCGGAUACGGGAUAUACAGUAAUAAGAAGCGGUUAUGAGAGUUCGAUGACCACGGGCCCGCGGACCAUCGACGCUACCAUGGACUACCUGCAGACGUGCCUCAUCUUUUACCUGCUGAUCCUCUGCUUCUGCGGCGGACGUUCCAUAGACAUAUCACAAUGCAUCGCACCCCUGGGGAUGGAGUCGGGCGCAAUUCCCGACGCGGACAUCACUGCGAGUUCUAGCUUCGAUAGCGGAAACGUCGGGCCGCAUCGCGCACGGCUGAAGCAGGAGAGCCACGGAGGUGCCUGGUGUCCGAAGCAGCAGAUUACGGCGGAGCCGCGCGAGUGGCUCGAAAUCGAUCUUCACACGGUGCACAUGAUCACAGCGACUGGCACUCAGGGCCGUUUCGGUAACGGCCAGGGCGUCGAGUUUUCAGAGGCGUACCUGCUGGAAUACUGGAGACCGAAACUGGGAAAGUGGAUCCGCUACAGGAACUUUCGUGGCGAGGAGGUUAUCGAAGGGAACAAGAAUACCUAUCUGGAAUCGAAGAAGGAACUGGAGCCACCGAUAUGGGCGAGCAAAAUUCGUUUCCUACCCUACAGUUAUCAUCGUCGCACUGUUUGCAUGCGCGUUGAAUUGUACGGCUGUCCUUGGAACGACGGCAUCGUCUCGUACUCGAUGCCUCAAGGUGACAAGCGCAACAACUGGGAAUUCUUCGACGCGACUUACGAUGGUUAUUGGGACGGACAGCUUCUCCGCGGCUUGGGUCAACUGACGGACGGCAAGAUCGGGCCGAAUGAUUUUAAGAUGAGUUACUAUGACAACUAUGACAGAAGUCAGGGAUGGGUCGGCUGGAAGAACGAUACAAGGUCCGGGCAUCCGCUCGAAAUCAAAUUCGAAUUUGACCAAGUCAGAGAAUUCUCAGCUGUUCACAUCUACUGCAACAAUCAAUUCCCCAAGGAUGUGCAGGUAUUUUCCGAAGUCAGCAUCAUGUUCAGCAUCGGCGGCAGGUAUUACACGGGCGAUCCGAUCGCAUACACCUAUGUAGAGGACAGAAUUUUCGAAUACGCGAGGAAUGUUACAAUCAAGCUGCAUCAUCGCAUUGGCAAGUUUGUCAAGCUAAGAUUCAGCUUUGCCUCGCGAUGGAUUAUGAUCAGCGAGAUCACCUUUGACUCCGACAUCGCUCACGGUAACUUUACCCCAGAAACACCACCCACGACCGCGGCACCGCGACUGCCGGUUGUAACUCACACUCGCAAUCCGCUGCAAGUCGAAGUUCCGGUAGCUAAGCAGGACGAUCCCACUUACAUGGCUGUGAUUAUUGGCGUCUUGACCGUCGUAAUCCUGCUGCUGGCGGUCGCCAUAUUCCUGAUAGUCACGCGUCACAGACAGCGCAAGAACUUUGCCAGUCCUCUGGGCCCCAAGAGCGCAAUUCCGUCGGGCAAUCAUCAGCAUCUGUCGCCGGAAUCUGCGUACGGUACCACGGAAAAGGACCCGUCUUUGAUGACCUAUAGGGUCGAGGAACUCGACGACCGAUACGCCGGCACGAAGCUCACGACUCUACCGCGAGAUCUCAAUGAUCGUCUUUUGGGCGAUGUCAGACUCGACGAGUACCAGGAACCCUUCCACGAGAACAAGUAUCGGGCAUCUCCUCAUGCGGCGUACUAUGGAUACAGCACGGUUGUUGUAGACAACAAGGAUCUCCACGACAAUGUCGAGCAGUCUGAUGCCACUUACGAUUACGCAGUACCAAUGCCCGUGCCUAGUGUAAGCAGUGAUCAGGAUAGCGUUUUCUCGAAAUCUUCCUCCAGGGGUAGCGCCAAGGCGUGCUUGCAGAGCUUUUUUCCGCCACCCCCGCCCCCUAUGAGUGCACCACCCCUUCGAGGCUCCAGCAAUUUGACGUACUCGAAUCCACCGAGUCCGGAACCAGUUUGCGAGCGUGAGCGCAGAGGCAGUAAGCGCCGGGAGCACUCCUUGCACAGAUACGCGUAAGGAAUAUUCAUGGAAAGCGAUUGGAAAUCGAAGGUAUGAUGGAUUCUUCGUUACUGCGAGCAGCGAAAUCGCGUGAUCGAGUGAAUCUUCUGGCACUGGUCCAAUGAAGAUUUCUGUUUUAUAAUAUUUCUUGCGAGCUCAACAGAUAUAUUAAUAAUUUAUUAAUUUUUUCAAUAUACAUGUGUAUUACACAUAUACUCUCUAAUGCGUUUAAAAUUCACCCGACUAAUAAUAUAUUCUUGCUUUUUUAUUAUUAUCGCGCCGAUAAAAAAUUCACUUAUAAUUAACCUCCACGUUUUUACAUUCAUGUUUUUAAUAAUAAUUAACUCGCGUAACUAUUAUUAAUAUUUACCAACGUCUAUUGACAAAAUUGCAUUACCGUUUACGCUUUUCUUGAGAGCAAGAACAUUUUUAUCAAACUAAAUUCACGAUCUCGAAUUUUGUAAAUUCGUGUUGCACAUACUUUACUCCAUCUGCGUUUCUCACAAUUUUCAAACGCAAGAGAAGGAACGCAAACAUGGAGCAAAGUAAAAUAGAUCCAGUGCCGUGAGGAUACCGUGAGAACACGCGCGUUGUUAAUUCUCAAGGGUGGUAAAGACCCGGUGGUAAAAGUAACACGUUGUACAUUUCGGAGUAACCGCUAUGAGCGACCGCGCGGCGGAAGAGGUCGUAAUCCUGUGCUUGUUACAACGACGAUAUUUUUUUCCCCGGAUUUAUAACGCAUCGCGAGAAGAACGACGCGUUCGCGGCGCGGUCGCAUUCAUCGCGAGGAAAACUCUUCUCGACAAAACACUGCCAUCGAUGAAUUUUCGGACAUAUUGUGCGAUCUCGAGGUCUUUUAAAGAGACUCGGGGGAUCUACUUCCUACGGAUUUAAUAAUUAAAUUGGCAUAUCAGUUUAAUGGUAAAGCGACUACGCGCAUAUGAGACUCUUCCCGAGAUUCGUUCGUGAAAUUUUGGCGACGAAAGCCGACGAGAUCGCAGUAUCGUUGAUAUUUUCAGUUAUUCGCAUUUUUUCAAGUCAUACACGCACAUUAAAAGUCAAGUCUCGGCAAUCUUUCUUUUCAGCACUCACUGCCAGGUUUCCUCUUCCAUUGGAAGUGGAAUUUCGCGAACGACAUGUAAUGUUGCGAAAUGCCACUUUCAUCUUUCGGAAUGGUACGGACAAACGAUGCGUAAUCGCUGCGAAGAAUUAUAUACGGAUGAACAUGUCCGAACGAAUUUCCAGGAAGAGUCGCGUUAAUGAUUCGGUCUGUUCGGCGCGCAUGUGCAACAAGAUCGAGCUCGCUAUCGAUCCAGGUGAGACCAGCGGUAACUAUCGGAGGGGAAGAAAAAACGAGCGGCUCGGAUGAGAUAUUUAUCCGAUGGCGCGAUCGUUACGUCGGCUCGAAAAGAUAAUUAAUUACUGGCUUGAUGGAGAAUAAGCGGGCGUUUCAAUUAUUCGCGCAUUCUCGAACCAACGUCAGCGGCGCUUGACAUUGGAGAAAAAACGCCGCGCGACGAGAUCGACGUGACGAUAUUGAAAAGAGCGAACGGUAGCGAGCUUCGAUCCCGCCUCACACAAGACUGAUGUCACAUAAAUAAUUCAGUAUCCUGACCGCGCGCGCACGUCGUAUUAUUUAUUGUCGCUUUACAACGUCCCGCGUGACGAAUCUUUAAUUUAUAUAUACAUAUAUAUACAUACGAAAAAGUGAAUAUAUAUAUAUAGAUAUAUAUACAGAAAGGUAAUAUACAUAUUAUCUCGUACGACGACGAAUUUUUCAUAUAAUAUAGAUUGUAAUAAGCCCAACUUUAUUUCUCUAUCUCUACCGACAUCGCCUUCAUGCAACGAGGAAAAUCGAGAAUUUACCAGCGUAAGGAAUCGACAAUACAGGGAUGAGACAACAAUAACUACAUGUGUACGUAAUUAAAGGAAACGUAUAGAGAGACUCGAGAUAUCGGGUGCGCGAAGAUGAGAGACCCUCGACCACAUUGUGAUAUAAUGAAAAAAAAAAAAGAGCCCGGCUCGCGAGUAA